AUGAUGCAUGACUUAACCACAGAAACAAAAAAUUUAACAACGGAAGUAAAAGAGAUAAAGAAUGAACAGAGAAAGUACUGGGAGGAAUUAAACGACCUGAAAACAGAAUUGGAGAAAGUUAAACAAGAAAACCAAACUAAACACAAGGAGAAGGAAGAAAUGAAAAAAGAACUAAACGAUAUGAAAAUACGUGUACAAAGACUAGAAAAGGAAAGGAAAGUAAAUAAUGUUGUAAUACAAGGCUUGCCAAUAGAUACAAUCGAUAGAAAUGCACUGAAACAAACAGUAGGAAACUUCAUGGAAAAAGAAAUGAAUAUCAAUGUUCAAAUCGAAGAAGUUAUCAAACUGGGAGAAAAAACAUGUUUGGUCAAACUACAGAACAAGUUUGAAAAAGAAAAGAUCAUGCAAAAUAAAGCUAAACUAAAACACAUAAAAGGCAAUAAAGCCCAUGUCUCCAAAGAUGGAAAAGUUAGAUGGCGAUGCAUCAAAAAAGAGUGUCAACAAAAGGUGUACACAAAGGAAGGUGAUGAAAAUUACGUUAUUCUUAAAAAAGCAUCGGUGGAGCAUAAUUAUGCUCCAGAUAUCCACGUUGAUUGGCAAAUUUUUAGUAAUUCUGCAAAGAGGAAAGCUGUAGAAGAUAUAUGUGAAAGACCUUUAAAGAUUGUCCACAAGGAAUUGAGAAAAGAAAAUUUCAGCAAUUUACCGCUGACGACGAAAGACAUUCCUUGCGUUCGAAGAAAUAUCUAUGCUGCAAGACGAAAAUCCACACCAUAA